AUGAGGCACCACGUCGCGAGAUUAGUCAAAGAUGGACUCUACAAAGAAGCCAUUGCCCUCUUCGCCCACAGCCACUCUAAUUCACUCCCUCCCACAAAAUUCACUUUCCCUUACAUACUCAAAGCCUGCGCAAAGCUGAAUGCGGCCUCCCAUGGCCGAAUGCUCCACGCCCACGUCCUCAAGUCCGGACUUACAGACAAGCAUACUACCACCGACCUCACCAACAUGUACAUGAAACUCGGCCUGCUCCACUCUGCCGCCAAACUGUUCGACGAAAUUCCUAACCCGGGACUUUCUAUCCUUAACGUCCUCAUUUCCGGGUUAUCGCAAAACGGGCUUUUCCGGGAAAGCUUUAGGAUCUUCAGAGAGUAUAGCUUACCUAAUCUAAGGCUUGAUUCCGUCACGAUUGCCAGCCUGGUAUCCGCUUGUGUGAAUGUGGUCAAUGGGGUGCAGUUGCACUGUUUGGCGGUCAAGCUUGGUGUAGAAAGCAGUGCUUAUUCUGCGACUUCUCUUGUGACCAUGUAUUUGAACUGUGGGGAGCUUGUCUGGGCCGGGAGGUUGUUUGGUUUGAUAAGAAACAAGAAUAUGGUGUGUUACAAUGCCUAUCUUUCGGGCCUUGCUCAGAAUGGGGUUUCCGAAAUGGUGUUUUGCGUGUUUAACGAGAUGCUGGGAUUGUGGAGUGAAAAGCCAGAUGUAAUUACUAUGAUUUCUGUGCUCUCUGCUUGUGCCAACGGCAAUAAGUGUUUAAAAUUCGGGAGGCAGCUUCACGGGCUUAUAAUGAAACUUCAAUUAACUUUUGACACAAAAAUUGGGACUGCCCUCGUGGAUAUGUACUCGAAGUGUGGUUCUUGGCAGUGUGCAUAUGAUGUGUUUAUCGAAUUGGGAAACAAAAGAAAUUUGGUGACUUGGAAUUCUAUGAUAGCAGGUUUGAUGUUACACGAUCAGUGUGAGAAGGCUGUUGCUCUUUUUAUCGAGUUAGAGAGUGAGAUAGUGCUGAAAGCUGACCCAGCAACGUGGAACUCAAUGAUUGGCGGCUUUUCUCAGCUGGGAAAAGCAGACGAAGCUUUUCUGUUCUUCAGGAAAAUGCUCUCUAGCGGCAUAAAACCGAACUUGCGGUGUGUAACUAGCUUGCUUUCAGCUUGCUCGUCUCUAUCCGCGCAAAAUUAUGGGAAACAAAUCCACGCAUAUGUUGCAAGAACAAAUACCGUUGAUGAUGAUUUUUUGGCUGCGGCCAUAAUCGACAUGUAUAUGAAGUGCGGACUGCCUUCUUGGGCGCGUACAUUUUUCGAUAUGUUUGAUGAAAAACCUAAAGAUCCAGCUUUUUGGAAUGCAAUGAUUUCUGGAUAUGGAAAGCACGGGCUGAUCGAAUUUGCUUUCGAAAUCUUCGGUCAAAUGGUCCGAGAAAAAAUAAAGCCGAAUUCAGUAACUUUCAGUUGCCUUCUGUCGGCGUGCAGUCACGUGGAACGAGUCAACAUGGGUUUCCAAAUUUUCAGAUUAAUGAUUGUGGAAUUUGGUGUGAGUCCAAGUUCAAAGCAUAUGGGCAUCUUGAUUGAUCUGCUCAGUCGUUCGGGAAAGCUAGAUGAAGCCUUUGAGCUCCUUCAGGGGACGAGUGAGAAUUCGGCUGCCAUGAUGGCUUCUCUGCUCGGUUAUUCGGAGCUGCAUUUGGAUUCCAGGAUAGGAGAAGAGGUGGCCCGGAGGAUUCUAGAAUUAGAGCCCGAAAAUCCGGUUCCUUUUGUUGUUUUAUCUAAUAUUUAUGCGGGUCAAGAUAGGUGGAAAGAUGUGCAUAGGAUUCGGGAGUUGAUGGACGAGAAGGGACUUAGGAAAGUCCCGGGCCUCAGUUCAGUAGAAUUAUAA